AUGGAGUUCUGCACACAGAUUGCUAAUCAGCUGAUGCUUAUGGAGAUUCAAAACUCUUUUGGCAAGAACAUAGUCUCUUCCCCACUAUCAACCAAUGCGGUUUUGAACAUGGUGGUUGCAGGAUCAACGGACCAUACUUUGAAGCAUAUGUUAGGUUUUCUGGGGUCCAAAAAUGUCGAUGAAAUCAAUUCAAAAUCUAGGAAGAUGAUGGCGGUGGCAACAGGUGGUGGUGGUAAGUCCUCUGAAAUCGUUGGCAACGGUCCGAUUUUGACCAUGGUCAAUGGAGCUUGGGCCGAUCGACGUUUUCCUUUAGUAUCAAAGUACAAAGAGGAUGUUCUAAAAGGUAUUUUCAAUUGCGAAGCGAACAAUGAGGUCCUCCAACAUGGGUCAGUAGAUCCCGAGACAGUACUCAUCCUUGCAAAUAGACUCUACUUUAAAGGACUUUGGGACUUUGACUAUGAAUUUGAUGCAAGGAGUACUGAGAAAAGAAAAUUUUAUCUUCAGGAUGGGAGCAUUGUUUUAGUUCCAUUCAUGACUACUAUCAGUAAAGAUUAUUAUUACAGAUCCAGCAGUAAAGACUAUUAUUACGGAUUGUUUGAUGGUUUUAAGGUCCUUAAAAUCCCAUAUCAGAGUUGCCAACCCAACAAUUUCUCUAUGUAUUUUUUUCUCCCAGAAGAGCGAGAUGGGUUGCAAAAUCUUAUUCGGAAGCUCAAUUCCGAUUCUAGGUUUCUGAGUCAAGAGUACUUCGAGUUAACAGAAGAGACACUUGAAGAACUUUGGAUCCCGAAAUUCAAAUUCUCGUUCGAUUUCAAUGUUUUAGAGGUCAUAGACGACAUGGGGGUAUCGUUUUCUAGUAUUGGGAAUCCGAGAGACUUGUCCGAGAUGGUGCAUAAUACUGAUGAUGUCGAACCUUUUCUAUUAAAAAUGUUUCAGAAAGCUUAUAUCGAGAUAGAUGAGAAGGGGACAGAGGCUGCAGCUAUUACUCAUUCCCGAGCCGUUCCAUUUUGUUCAAAGUUGCGGCCACAAAAUAAGAGAUACAAUUUUGUGGCUGAUCAUCCUUUCGUCAUUAGCAGUACUGCUUUUGCCUUUGCCAGCACAAUUGCCUGCAUAACAAUUAAAGAGUUCAGCUGCAUGAGGAUUGAAGAGCAAAAAUGGGCAUGA